AUGGGAAAUACUUCUUCUUCUUUCUGGUUAUGUCAUUCAUCAGCUUUAAAGGCCGGGCUUCAACGGGACUCGUCCAGGCCGGAUACUUUACUUAAUCAAACAAAAGACUCUCGUUCUAUCACUAAUUGCGUUUCUGUCGCACAUAAUGGAGCAGUAAAUGGGGCAAAGAGAGGAGAGAUUUUGCUUGUUUAUCAACUUCCUCCGCCUCCUACCUUACAGUCUCUGGCUCGUCAAAUAAUAAGACAGCUCUAUUCAGAGUGGCAACUCGAAACACUUGGGCUACCAACUGGUAUUGUUGCCUACCUUCGUUUUAAGCCUACUUUCUCCUGCACUGGCUCCUGCCGCCUUUCACGAUCAAGUAGCACUUCAAGUGCCAAUACUUUGUUAACUAUUCGCAGCAGCAGUCUAGAUUGGACACCCUCUGUUGCUGAACAAGGAGCUGUUUAG